AAUUGAUGAAUCAAGUAUAUUUUUGAUAAUAAUGCAGCUUUCUGAUAGCGAUAAUUGCAAAGAAAAAUUCUUAAUCAUAUGCAAUAAUCAUCUUAGAAUAAAAGACAACAAAUAUACAGAAGCUUAUCCAACAGGUGGAUUUACACAUAGUAUGGGUUGUGAAGCAUUGCUUCAACGUUCAUAUAUAUCAAAUAAAAUUGAUAUCAAGAACGCAAUUAUUAGUAAUUUAGAAAAUUCUGGAUCGUUUAAUAUUCCAUAUGUACAAGAUUCAUAUGAUAAUUAUGAAGAUUUAGAUCAUCUUUGCCAAUUAGAUGACUUAUAUAAUGUAUCUUUGAAUAAUCAAGUAGCUAACAGAGUUAGUCUACAACAGGGAAAAUCUAUGCUGUUUACUUCUAAAGAGACUUUCAAAUGUACCAAUUUUUCAAAAUUUCAGUCAUUGAUUGACAGUGGAAACAUAAAUGGACACCAUGCCAUUGUGUUUGGAUUUAUAUGUGCAGUUCUAAAGAUAUCAAAACCUCAUAUGUUACAAAUGUAUUUAUUCACUGUUUUACGGACAAUAAUAACAAGUCUUGUUCGAUUGGGAUGUAUUGGACCUAUUGAGGUGAAUUACAAAAGAUAAAGCUUCAUAAAAGUUCAAAAUUUAUAAGUAUAAAAACAAA